GUGACGGCAAAGCGCCCCCCUCCCCCACCGCGUGGGCGAGUGGUGGCGCCUGCGGAGGUGGGUGUGGCAUACCUGGUGGAGUUGCAGCGCCUGAGGGCGCACGCCGAGGCCGUGUACUCGGGGGACAGCGCCACCUGGUCGCUGCAGACAUGUCUGCCGGAGUCGGCCAUAGUGCAUGCGCAGUGGCAGCCGCACAACCAGCGGGUGCGCCCGGCGUUUGUGGUGUGCGUGGACCCACAGCUGGGGGCCGUGGUGGUGGCUGUCAGAGGCACCUCCGACACCGCUGACAUGCUCGUCAAUGCCGGCACCUUUCCACACGAUUUCCUGGGCGGCAAAGUGCACAGUGGCUUUCUGCAUGCCUCUACACAUUUGCUCUAUGAGGCCCGGGACCACAUCGAGCACGCACUGCGCACGUGGCAUGGCAUGCCGGUGCGGCGCCUUGUGUUCGUGGGGCACAGCCUGGGCGCGGCUGUGGCUAUCUUGGCAGGCAUGAUGCUGCGGCAUGAGAACAACCGCCUGCACCCGCACCCUCAUACACAGGGCAGCGCAGGUCAUGGCAAGGCAUCAAGAGAGAGCAUGCAUGCUGUGACAGGUGACAACCACUCUCGUGCUGCUCCUGCCAAGCGUGGUGGUAGGCGUGGUGGCAGGGGGCGGAGGUCAGAAGGGCGGCAGCAGGAGAGGAGGUGGGGGGACAGGGAGUCAGAGGAGCUGCAGCAGGCAGCGGCGGAAGCAGUGGUGGGAGCAGGGAGGGGGUUGGAUGGUGUGGAGGUGCAGUGUGUGGGGUAUGGUCCGCCUGCAUGCAUGACUUUGGACUUGGCCCAGCUGUGCACCUCCUUUGUCACCUGUGUGCUAGUGCAGCACGACUUAGUGCCUCG